UUCAGACUCUCAUUAUGUGCUCUCUCCUCCACCACUGAGCCUGUGCUGAGCAGCUCUGUGUUCCUCAGAGACCAAAAUAAAGGAUGGACGUACAGCGCAAGUCUCUUUAACCUUUAAUCGGUCGUGGACAGCUGAUCUUGCUCUCGAUUGUAUUUCCCUGCAGCAUGCGAUUACAGUGACAGAGGGAGUGGACGGUCCUCUGCCACAGACUGAUACUGUGAGAGCGAGCGGAGGAGAAGUUUGGCUGAGCGUCGUCUUUUGUGGAAUGGGCGAUGGAAUGUGCGACAGCUUUGCAAUGAGACGUCUGUGGCUCUGUGUCUUGGUUGUGAGCAUCACCUGCCGUCUAAGCCUCACGCAGGAAGUGAGUGGAUCUCCCAACGAGGCAGAGGUAAAUGGCAACAUCACCAUUUUCACACGCAUCCUGGAUGGACUGCUGGACGGCUAUGACAACAGGCUGCGACCUGGACUGGGGGAAAAGGUGACAGAAAUUAAGACCAACAUCUUCGUCACAAGCUUCGGUCCGGUCUCUGACACUGAAAUGGAAUACACGAUCGACGUGUUCUUUCGUCAAAGCUGGAAGGACGAGAGACUGAGUUUUAAAGGGCCCAUAGAGAUGCUUCCCCUCAACAACCUCCUGGCCAGCAACAUCUGGACUCCUGACACCUUUUUCCUAAAUGGGAAAAAGUCCAUUGCACAUAACAUGACAACUCCGAACAAGCUGCUGCGGCUUAAGGAUGACGGCACUCUGCUCUACACCAUGAGGCUGACUAUUUCGGCGGAAUGCCCCAUGCAGCUGGAGGAUUUCCCCAUGGAUGCACACGCUUGUCCUCUGAAAUUUGGAAGCUAUGCGUACCCAGUCUCUGAGGUCGUCUAUACUUGGACCGAGGAAGCAGCUAAGUCGGUGGUGGUUGCAGAAGAAGGCUCAAGGCUCAACCAGUAUCACCUGAUCGGUCAGACUGCUGGCACCGAGGACAUAUACACCAGCCGAGGACAGUACACGGUGAUGAUGGCACACUUUUACCUGAAGAGGAAGAUCGGCUAUUUUGUCAUCCAGACCUACAUGCCUUGCUUCAUGACUGUGAUCCUGUCUCAGGUCUCCUUUUGGCUAAACCGUGAGUCCGUGCCAGCACGUACUGUUUUUGGAGUGACCACUGUAUUGACCAUGACCACCCUCAGCAUCAGUGCCCGUAACUCUCUUCCUAAAGUGGCCUAUGCCACGGCGAUGGACUGGUUCAUAGCUGUGUGCUACGCCUUCGUCUUCUCUGCUCUUAUUGAAUUCGCCACAGUGAACUACUUUACGAAGCGGAGCUGGGCCUGGGAUGGAAAGAAGGCAAUGGAGGCUCAACAGCCGAAGAAAAAGGACCCCUUGGCUCUCUCCAAAAAGCCCAACAACACGUGCUCGGCAGGUGUGAACUACACCACCAACCUCACCAAGGAAUCGUCCAUCGCGACCAUCUCCAACAGCACGGCCGUUCAGCUCAAGUCCUCUGAGUCCAAAGCCCCUGACCCCAAAAAAACAUACAACAGUGUGAGCAAGAUUGACAAGAUGUCAAGAAUAGUGUUUCCAGUGCUUUUUGGAACGUUCAACCUUGUGUACUGGGCCACAUAUCUCAACCGGGAACCAGUGAUCAAAGGAGUGUAACAGAGAAGUCCUCCUCCCCAAAACACACAGAUUUGGCAUUCCUUCUUUCUCUCGAGCAGAGGCGCAGAGACAGACCGGCGCUGCCCAGUAAUAAUGUCAAAUGCUAUGCAAAAACAAAUUUGGGGUUGACAGCCAUCUUUCUGAUCUUUAAAGCUUCAGGUUUUUGGGCUUUAAAUUGUGAACCUACUCUCUGGAUGUUUGCCAACUUGUUAGAAGCAGAACAACAGCCAUGAUGAAUGUGUCGCCUUGUGAGCUCAUAAUUUUAUCACCGACAUGCAUUUCCUGUCAAAGCUUUUCUGUUUGUGUUUGAAACGACAAAACGUAAACAUUGAUUUCACCCUGCUCUGUUUUAUACACAUCUCCAUGUGACAGAUGUGUGUUAAUGAGUGUGCAUGUUAUUAAGUGUUGAUAAGCACAUAUAUGCCAGUAAUAAAGAACGAAAAGCAAAGGUACAAAUCCUCGAGAAAAAAGAAAAAAGUACAAAAUGUUGAGGUUUUUUCGGUCACUCUUCGAAUAUAGACGUUAACUUUCUGCACAGAUAAUCAGGGGUUUGAUGUCAAGAUGUUUUUUUUUCUAAAUUCUACUUGUUUUGACAGUUGCAGUAUAAAAGUAAGUGCUCUUGAG